UGAAAGUAACAUGGAGUCCGAAGACGUUGAAAAGGAAGAUCACGUUAAGGAGAAAGGAACGUCUAAUACAAGCAAGAUCAAGGAAGACCCCGCUGUACACAUAUCUGUAGCAGUGAUAGGAAAAAUGAAUACCAUGAAGCAACAGGUGACAGCUAAUCGCCAUUUGGAAGAAAAAGGAAAAGAAGAGCUGGAAAUUAGAAGCAGAUGUAAAAUCUGUCUUAAUGCAGACCUAUGUAUGGUAUUCUUUCCAUGCCGUCAUGUGGUAGCCUGUGAGGCCUGUUCUGACAGGCUUAAAACAUGUGCAGUGUGUCGUGCUCUGAUUAGAGGAUCAGUCAAAAUAGAUUGAGCUCGUAAUAAUAUUUGUACACACAGACAAUUUCAGUAUAUACUUUGCUUUUCCUCCGUAUUUCUUAAUUGUGCAUCAUUUAAGUCUUCAGUUAGUACUGUUUUUGCUGGUAUUUUCUUUUUUGUCUAUAACACAACUUACCCAGUGAUCCUGUACUUACUGUUAUUAUGAUUAUUAACAUUAUUAUUUUAAAUAAUAUUUAUAAUCUUACUAUGUAUUAAGUAUAACCACCUUUAAUUUUAAUUUUUGUCACAAUAUACUUUAAGGUAUUGGACCCCUAAUAGUUAUGUUUAGAAAAUGGCAUUUGCUUGGUAUAUUCUUGAAGUUGAUCAUGUUUUGCACUGUGUUGCAAAUUUUAAAGAACUUUUACCGUGCCGUUUUUUGUAAAUUUUGUAUAAUUUAUGGUAUUUCCGCAAGCUCUAGUAAAGACAAAUUUCAAUGUGAUGGCCACUAUCUGAAACGUUUGCAGAGAAUUCAUUACAGCAUUAAUUUUGAUAAAAGAUACAUCAGACUAUUGUAAAACAAUAAUAAAUCACAAAUUAUAACUGUAAAUAUCAUUUUUUUUCUAGGGUGCCUCAAGUAAACAGAUUUAAUGAGUCAGAAUUCUAACUCCAACAUUGAAAAUUUAAGGUUGAAUCCUGUGUGUCGGUUUUGAAUUUUGCUCACUUUAUUCAAAAAUAACCUUGGGGCAGAAGUAAAACCUACCUGCAUUUCUUCCACAAUAUGUAAUCUAAAGAAAGAAUGCAAAAUAGAGAACUUUUACCGUAUGUAACUCAGUAUUUUUAAAGAUGUCUAACUCUACCUUUCAUGAUUCAGAGGUAAAUUCACUUUGAACAGCAAGAAAUCGCUUAUAUAAUGAAAUUUUUCCACUUUUGUACAAUACAUCCAUAAUAAGUCUUGAAAAAAGUAAAAACUUACUAGAAAAAAAGGAAAAUAUUUAAAAAAAAAAAUUUGGUCCCAGUGGGGCUUGAACCUACGCCCCCCCCCCCCCCCCCCGCGAAAAUUGCACUCAAGGUGGUAGGUUAAGUGUAGGAAUUGAAUACUCUUCAAAAAGGAGGUACUCUAUUACGGGUCCAAUACCUUAAACAAUACUUGGAUAUACAUUUGUGUAUACAUUAUGUAGCCUAUUGUACAUUUUAAUUUUUACGCCAAAAUGUUUGUAACGUAACGUCAUCUUUUAUGACGUCAUAUAUUCAUGACGUUGUUUAUUUCAUAUCAUAUUUGUAGACUUGCUGAUGAAGACUUAAUAAAUAGUCGAAACGUUGAAUAAAAAUAGAGUUAGCCUUGUAAUUCUCCUGUUCUCUUUAUUGUGCAUAGAAACUGAAUUCUUUUAUUAUUCUUUAAUUGUAAAACUAAAAUUCUAAAAUAGUAGGCAUUCACUUUUAAAGCCGGGAUAUUCUAAUUCAUUACAGAUCAGUAUAAUAAAAGGUUACUGUACUACUGUGUUAUUGAUUAGUUUGAAGGGGAGAUUUAAAUGCAGAU